AUGAGCUCUUACAGUCAUGCUCAAUUGGUUUCCGUGGCAUUGAUUACCAAGAUAACUUCCCUCAUCUCGUAUGUGGGUUGUGUAUGGAUACUGUUGGAUGUUUUGGGAGAUGCCGAAAAACGUCGUCAAGUGUACCACCGCUUGAUGCUGGGGUACUCGAUCAUCUUUUGCAUCGGGGGUCCGUUUGCCAUUGCUUCCACAUGGCCCAUUCCGCCUGACACACAGCCGUAUGUGGUGUGGGCGGUGGGGACGGAUCUGUCUUGUCAUAUCCAGGGCUUUAUGAUUCAAGUUUUUGCUUCCUUGUUCCUGUACAGUACCAGCUUGGCAGCGUAUUUUGUCAUGGUGAUUCGCUUCCAAUGGAAGGAACGAACCAUUCAACGAUAUGAAUGGUUCCUACAUGGAGUCCCGUGGGCUUUUGGCCUUGGAACCGCCAUUGCGGGGUCGGCUAUGGACAUGUACGCCAAUUCCUUUCUUUGGUGUUGGUUUGGAGGAACUGAAGAUGCCUACAUCUAUCGAUGGGCCUUUUACUAUGCGCCACUCUGGUUCUGUUUUCUGUUGGUCUUGAUUGGAAUGGGAUCCAUAUUGUGGCGGGUACACACUACCGAACGAGAAUCCGCCAAAUUCGAAGCUCAGUGGAAAGCCAAACGAGAGAUCCAGAGAGCACUGGAGCAAGAAGGGGACGCAGAUGAAGAGCAGCCCGGGGAUUUAAGUGAUGCAUCAUCGUGGGCGAGCUUUCGCUCUAACAUGUCCAUGGGGUCAGUGCAUGAAGCCAUAACCUCGGUCGCCCAGAAGCGAAAAGAAGUCAAACAGUGGUUUCGAAAGAGAAAGAGAACCCGACAAGUUGCCAUGCAAGCUUUUCUUUACGUCGCUGCAUUCUACUUUAGUUUCUUCUUUUCGACCAUCAAUCGGCUCUUGCAACAGAUCAGUGGUAGAACGUCUAGCUUUGUCUGGAUCCAACUUCAUUGCAUUUUUGCACCCCUGCAAGGAUUUUUUUACUUUAUCAUUUAUCGUCGUCAAUUCGUCAAUCAACUACGAAAGCAAAACAAAGACAUGACUUGGGGGCAAGUCAUUUGGGCAUCGCUUCAAAUCUCUCUCUUCAAGAAUGUAAAUUUGCGAUGGCCAUCUUGGUGUUCUUGGACUUCUUGUUCGAAAACUACUAAUACUGCUACUACUACGACAACAGCUAACAACACUACCAAUGAUGUCAAAAAGGAGACGACUACUGCUUCCAGCAACAGCGGUAAUCCAUGUCAAUCGGAAGAAGCAAAACCACCACAAACAGAAGAAUCCAAGGAUUUGGACCCGACUGAUCCAACGGAUCCCAGUGCCGACCACACUGGGGAGGAUCCAAUAGGUCACGACUGCGAAGCCGCCGAGGAGGAGGAACAAGAAGAGCAGGAACAGCGGGAUUCCUUAUUUGCAGCCUGUAUUGGUAUGACCCAGCAGGAGCUGGCUGCAUUGAGACGAUACGAACCUGCUCCCGACAAACGAAAAAGCAAAAGCUGUAGCGAUCUAUUCGUCAUCAAUGAAGACGCAGCUCACAAAAAGAAGGUCCUUCGAAGGAGUGACCUGCACCAGUGA